GACAGUGUGAGGCCUCAGUGUGAGGUGAAGAGCGCCUGGAUUCCUUGUAAGUUGAGCAUUUUGUGUAGCAGCUCGGUUCUGAGCAAGAAACAGGGCAUUCGCUGGGGCACCGAUGGCUGAGGGAAAAUGGACAGGCGGUGAUGGGCGCCGAUGCGCGACCGCAGCCAACAAGAAGACAGCUGAGGACCUGCCUCCCCUGUUUUUGAUACCAGACGGGCCGAUGGCUGUCAACAGAAGCUUGAAGAACAACCUGAGGAGGUUCUGGGAGGAGCACCAUGAGGGCUUCAAGAAGAUGUGGACGGAGUUAAGCUUGGCAGGAAAGAAGAAUCUGCUCCAGUCAUGCGUCGCAAACAUGCCGGCCAAGAGGACUGAUAUCCUAAGGCGGGGGAACUCGGUGGAGCAGAUUGCGCUGCUUACUCCGGAGUCUAAUGUUGAGGACUUUGUUUCAGAUGGACAGGGUUCGCUGGUGGCAUUGUAUGAGAAUUGGUGCAGCAGCGAGCUUCAAGAUGAUCUCGAGCACGCAUGGUCAAUGGCUGCCAGCCUUUUGGCCAAAAACAAGCUCCCGAGACAGCUCCCUAACGACUUCGUUAUGAUGCUGGAUAUGGAUAACAUCAAGGCAGGGCAAUCCUUCCACUGCAAGGAGAGGAGAGCGGUCGAAAAGUUCAAGGAGUUUGAGGCCAGGGGAAUUGCUUUGCAAAAGGAUGUGUACGACCUUGGGAAUGAGCGAGUCAACAAGAUACUCACUGUCCUAGCUCUGUACGCGGAUGAGUACCGCACGGAGAUGUUGGGGUUAGACAACUUUUUUGUGGCGGCGCCGUUGCGGGGUUGUGCUGCUUGUGGCAAGACAGAGACCCCAGAAGGGCUGGAGCUGAGGGGGUGCAGGAACUGUGUGAAUGAAACCAUAGCUUUGUUCUGCAGCAAGGACUGCCAGCGGAGAUUCUUCAAAACCCAUAUGGCUGAAUGCAAAAGGCUUCAGAAGGUCAAAGAGGAGGGAGUAUCAGACUCGUGUCAGGUUUGUGGAGACCUGAAGGCUGAGGGGGGAAGUCUUCUGAAAGUAUGCGGAAGGUGCAACAGCGAGCAAGUGAAGUAUUGCAGCAAAGAGUGCCAAAAGACGGCAUGGCAAGCUGGUCAUAGGCGGGCAUGUCAACUAUCCGAGUCCUAAUCGAACACAUAGGUAGAUGGUCAACGGCGUUAGCAUGCAUUCUUCAGCUGCUUCUAUGUGAUCUACAAUAUUCGAGACAAACUGCUAUUCAUCUGCUUGACUUUGUGCAGCUGAAAUAUCCAGCAGAUCACGAUUUGCUGUCAGUAUUCUUGAGCUCGAUCGGGAC